AUGGCGUCGCAAGCCCUACCGCAAAAUCCGCCCCGCGAAUCGCGUGCGACGAUCGUGCACGACAGCGCGUCGCACAAGUUUAUGUCGAGCGACGGGCAGGCCUUCGCCGAAUACGACCUUCUCUCGCCUCCCCAGGCUGCCGCGUCGUCGGAAGCUUCCAUAUCAACGAGCGCGACGAGCGCCGGGAAGAGCGGCGGCGUGACGAACGGCGUGAAACGCGGCGUGAUGGACAUCACGCACACGUACGUCCCGCCGAGUCGACGCGGCGAGGGCCUCGCCGCUCGCCUGUGCGAAGCCGCGUGCGAGUACGCCAAGGAGAACGGGCUCUACGUGCGACCCACGUGCUCUUAUGUUGAGACAUUUAUGAAGCGGCAUCCUUCCUGCCGUGACCUUCUUGAACCCGGCACUCUGCGGCCAACACUCUGA